UUAAAAUGAAAUUGGCUUGUACAACGGUUCUGCUACUUGUUGUGGCCGCUCUAGGCCAUGCUGCCCAAUCCUCCAGACCAGUGGACUGGUCGUCGGUGAAGAAUUUGAACAUCGAGACCAAUGCAGCACCCACAAAUAAGCAGCAUAUGCCACCGUCGGGACGUAUUACGAAUGGCGUGAUAGCCGAAAGGAAUCAAUUCCCCUACCAAGUUGGUCUAAUGCUCUACGUGGAUGGCGGUGCUGCUUGGUGUGGCGGCACUUUGAUCAGCAAUCGUUGGGUAAUUACGGCAGCCCAUUGCACGGAUAGCCUUACAACCGGCGUGGAUGUCUAUUUGGGUGCCUGGGAUCGUACAGACAAGAAGGAGGAGGGUCAACAGGUCAUAUUUGUGGAGACCAAGAAUGUGAUUGUGCAUGAGAAUUGGAUCGCCGAAACGAUUACCAAUGAUAUAUCUCUGAUCAAGCUGCCAGUGCCCAUUCAGUUCAAUGAGCAUAUCCAGCCAGCCAAUUUGCCAGUGAAAUCAAACUCAUACGAAACCUACAAUGGACAAUCGGCUAUUGCCUCCGGCUGGGGCAAGAUCAGUGAUGAAGCCACCGGUGCCACCGAUCUUUUGCGUUGGGCUGAGGUCCCAAUCAUAUCGAACACGGGCUGCACACCCUGGUUCUUUGGCAUGAUCGGCAGUACGAAUAUUUGCAUUAAGACCACUGGCGGCACAUCCACCUGCAAUGGCGACUCUGGCGGUCCUUUGGUAUUGAACGAUGGCAGCAACACUCUGAUCGGUGCCACCUCCUUUGGCAUUGCUCUGGGCUGUGAGGUCGGCUGGCCAGGUGUCUUCACUCGCAUCACUUCCUACUUGGACUGGAUUGAAGAGAAAACUAGUGUGGUCAAUCUAGGCAACUAAAUGAUAUUUUCUCAUAAGAGAGCAAUAUUAAUAAAACUGUUGAUAUAUUUCAUAAACCAAA